GAUCCCCAGAGAAACUUUCCAAAGGACUUGGCAGGUCUGACCAUGCACUGGCUGCGGAAACUCCAGCAGGUUUGCAUCCGAUGGGGAACCCAGAUGUCUGGUCGUACUGUCCACCUUCAUACCAAGCAACUGGCAUCCCUGCAGUGGGGUCACCAGGAGGUCCCUGCCAAAUUUAACUUUGCUAGUGAUGUGAUGGAUCACUGGGCUGACAUGGAGAAGGCUGGCAGGCGACCUCCAGGCCCAGCCCUGUGGUGGGUGAGCGGUGAUGGGGAUGAAAUAGUGUGGAACUUCAGCCAACUGAGGGAACUCAGCCAUCAGGCAGCCAAUGUCCUUUCGGGGGCAUGCGGCCUGCAGCCUGGGGACCGUGUGGCGGUGGUGCUGCCCCGAGUACCUGAGUGGUGGCUGGUGACCCUGGGCUGCAUGCGAGCAGGCCUCGUCUUCAUGCCCGGGACUAUCCAAAUGAAAGCCAAGGACAUUCUCUAUAGGCUGCAGAUGUCUAAAGCCAGGGCCAUCGUGGCUGGGGAUGAAGUGGCCCAGGUAGUGGACGCUGUGGCUUCUGACUGCCCUUCUCUGAAAAUGAAGCUACUCGUAUCUGAGAAAAGCCGGGAUGGGUGGCUGGACUUUAAGACACUACUACGGUGAGU